AUGUAUGAGAAAAGAGAAGCUAGAAAAAUAGAGAAGAAAAGCGAAGUUAGUCGAGUCGUACUAAUCUUUGAUCCUGCAGAUCCCUAUUCAGAGGCGUUAGCGGGUCACGAUAUUACAGUUCCCAGCAACACUUCCCAAGAGACGAGGCAGUUGGAGAUUGAGCCGAUAUCUAAGGAUGAUCCUCGCAUUUUAGCCGCCAAUAAUGAUAAGGGCACCCAUGUACAGGAAAUAGAUUCUACUACAUUUGUCUCGAAUACGCUCAACGUCAACGUCAGUGGUAAAUCCGUUUCAGUUACGGGCAUAAAGAUAGUUGAAGAAGGUGAGGACGAAAACGCUUCCCGAGAAAUCACCUUAACAUGUAAGAUUCCAGAUAAGAAUGAUUCGGAUAAGGUUGAGGCGUGGCUCGACUCGGACAAUGUCUUGUAUUUAUAUGCUCCAGCUAUUCAUAAAUAG